AAUACCUUCCUCAAACAGCCACUAGCUCUUAACUCAAGCCUCAAGCUCGAUCGUAGAGUCUCCAAUCUAAUCCUUUGCAGAAGCUCGAUCGACCGAAUUCCUAGGUCAUUCAUGGACUUCGACUUGCUGAUGAGCUCCAGCCCGGAGGCGCAGCUGGCGCUCAUGAACACCAUGCUCCAGCUGGAGCAGGCGCUCAACGACCAGUCCUUCACGCCGGACGCUUCCCCGCCGAUCUCUCCCGUGCAGACUCCCUCCCAGAGCCUCUCGCCGCCGCCGCACGUGUCGACGACCUGCGCUGCUGCCGACGCGGCAAACGGCUACUUUUACCACCAGGAUUACCUGCACUCCCCUCCCGCCGCGUACGGCAACAGCGCUGGCGGGCACCAGGAGUACGUGAUGUCUCCUGGCGCCGUCACCACCGGCGGCGCGCCGCAGGGGUACUCGUCAUCGUCGGACGCGAUGCGGGAGAUGAUCUUCCACAUCGCGGCGCUGCAGCCGGUGGAGAUCGACGACUCGGAGGCGGCGCCGCGCCCUGCGAAGCGUCGCAACGUGCGGACCUCCAAGGACCCGCAGAGCGUGGCGGCGCGGCUGCGGCGGGAGCGCAUCAGCGAGCGCAUCCGCGUCCUGCAGCGCCUCGUCCCGGGCGGCACCAAGAUGGACACCGCCUCCAUGCUGGACGAGGCCAUCCACUACGUCAAGUUCCUCAAGUCACAGGUGCAGUCGCUCGAGCUCGCCGCGGCCGCCACCGCCGCCCACCGCGCCGCCGCGUUCGGCGCCGGCGCCUACCACUCCGCCCCGAUGCAGCACGCGCCGUGGUAGCUCGCCCAGCGGCGCUUCAGCUACCAAUAAUCGUCUCGUUAUCAAUUGUCGCGCGCACCAGCUCGUCGUCCUCGAUCGCUUUUGAAGUUCCCCGGAUGAUCUCUGUAGCUCUGUGCUUCUGUCGUCUGUGUAAAGAUGUAGAAACCUAGCUUGUUGUAGUUACGUUUAUCGUCGUGCUUGUUACCGCAUGCUAGCUAGCUCUACUACGUGGUUUGCUCUCCAAGCUUUAUUUUGGACUCGCAGCCCGUGCAUGCUUGUACACUCGUUUACCUUAUUAUCAAUCUAGUAGAAUUUGUCAUGCA